GGAGCCAGUUCUAAUGAUACUCACCAGCAGUUAACUUGAUGUGCGAACCAAAUAACUGAAUGACUCGGAUCAGAUCAAUAGGCAAUGUAUCUGUGCAUCUUUUCCCGUGAGAACCAUCCCGAUAAUCCCAGCCGGCCAGUGCGCUGUUGCUUGGGCGCGGUUGGGCCAGCUCUCGUGAUGUUCACUGGUAGAUUGUAUGUUGGUAUCGAGAUUUUCCUACUAGGCGCUGAUGACUAGGUUGCUGAGAAAAAGUAGGUCCCCCCUGUUCCAGUACUCGGGGGAUGCGUAUCUUCGUCGCGGGUGUUGGCUAACCAGGGCUUGACGGCGAUACCGCCCCCGCACUCAUCCCAUAGCCAAUGAAGCGGCGAAGACCGCUCCGCAGAAGCCGACUGAAAAGUAUUUCGCAUGCUCCAACUAAUUAUCGGAGCUCGUCGCUAACCAGUUUGUCAGUACUGCUGGCUAUAGUACACCCCCAUGGAUUGCUCCCAUCGUCUGGUUGGUGGCCCUCUCGAUUUUAGUUUGUGGAGCAAUGGUUCGCGGGCACUCUUGCGGCUUGAUGGUUGGUUAUCUAUGUUCGUUGCCCACCUCUUCUCCAUUGGCCGGACGCUCAUAGCACCUUUAGAUGCCCGUCACAACUUCUACCUCCACCAACCCUCGGAGCCUAUACUGGGUAAGGCCGAGUCCAACUUGGACUUUCUGCUCUAGUAUGUAUGGUGCAAAGAGCCUAAAGGCGGGUCCGCGGGUGGAACGGCAUUUCCGUUGCAACCGAUCGCGUUUGUGGUAAGAAUUGCAAAGAAUUGCUAAGAUGAAAAUUCAUUGACACAAAUUUACUGGCUUGAAGGGAAAGAUGGAAAACAGAAGAUGAAGCAGAAAUAGAGUUAUAUACCUUUCUGUACUGCAAUAAUAAUUUAAAAGAAAAAUGAUAUCUAAAAAGGAGAUUUAGUAAAGGGAACACAAUGAUGACUUUUAUAUGCAACAUUAGUAAAUUGAGUAGUUCCAUACUGGAAUCUGGUAUAGUAGUUAUGAAGUAUAUCAGUACUCUUCCAUAAGUACAUGAGCAGUAAAAGUGAGGUUCCUUUCUCCGCAUGAUCACUUUAAUUUGUCACCCAAAGAGUGCGGAUUGUAUUUGACGUUGCUGUUCUCUUGUUGUACGUAGUCUGGUUAUACCUACUAUUGAUUCUUAAUUUAUCAUGGCACAGUUAUUUACACUUGACAGUAUUUUUCAGUCUGUUUCUCUGUAGAUUCUAUCACUUGUUUCACGCUCCCCAAAACCUUCACUUUUCACUCUUGAACUACUUUUUCAUACAACAUUUAUUAAAUAAAUAAAAAUGUAAGACCUCUUCUCCUUUUGAGAAGCUUUCUCACCUACAUUUUGUUUUGAAAAUAUUUGCUCUUAUGAUCAACUAGUUCAAGAUCACACUUGCCCUGUUUUGGCGACCCGGCUUGUGUCACCUUGCGCCAUACGCUUCUACACCUCCCUUGAGAAGAGGAGUUAUAUGAGCCGCAUGGAGCUCCUACCGACCUCCGCCAGCUCUGGAAGCGGGUACAGGCCCCGCGCAGCAACCCCUAUCCCCACGAGAAGUGGCUCCGGUUUUACCGCCGCCGGGCCC